AUGCCGCGCCCACCGCUGACUGCCGAACAGAAGAGGAUCAGGACCAUUAUGAUCUCGUUUCCCAUCCUGGUGGCCACGUCCGUGGUCCUCUUCAAGCGCCUCUACCUCGGCGAGGAGCAGAGGAAGCUGCCUUCGCACGGAAAGAUCGCUCCUCCGCCCGCCUAA